AUGGCAACUACAUACGACCGUCAACAUCACACCGCCCAACACCACACCGCCCAACCCCACUUCCGCUAUGACCGCACCACCGGCGACAAACUCCCUUACCCGCAACAAGGUCCAUCCGGCAGCAAAAUAAUGGCCAUCAUGGCCUUACUUCCAAUCGGCGGGAUCUUACUUGGCCUAGCGGGAAUCACCCUCGUCGGAACAAUGAUCGGACUUGCUGUUGCUACUCCGGUGUUCAUCAUUUUCAGCCCUGUUAUUGUCCCGGCGAUUCUAACAAUCGGCUUGGCUGUCACUGGGUUUUUGACAUCGGGAACUUUUGGGUUGACUGGGCUGAGCUCCUUGUCGUACUUGGUGAACCUGUUGAGGCAGUCAACACCGUCGCUUCAAGAUCAGAUAGACUAUGCGAAGGAAACAGUUCAGGAUGUGGGAAUGUAUACCGGGCAGAAGACGAAGGAGAUGGGUCAGACAAUUCAGCAGAAGGCUCAUGAGAUAGGACCUCAGGGUCAAACCGGUCAAGGGCAUCAAGUUGGUGGAGGUGUUCAUGUUCAAACUGGUGGUGGGAAAGAAGGUGGGAAAGGUGGUGAUCGGACUUGA